AUGGCCUUGGUUAUCCAGGGUGUUACAAAUAUUCCUUUUGCUGAGGCUUUGGAGCAGAUGUCCAAUUAUGUAAAAUUCAUGAAAGAGAUUCUGUCUAAGAAAAUAAAGAUGGAAGACUAUGAAAAUGUGGCACUCACUGAAGAAUGUAGUGCAAUAUUGCAAAGGAAGUUGCCCCAAAAGAUGAGAGAUCCGGGGAGCUUCACUAUACCUUGCACAAUUGGAAAAUUUGAGUGUAAGCAUGGCUUGUGUGAUUUGGUGGCGAGUAUUAAUCUGAUGCCUUUAUCUGUGUUCAGAAGACUUGGUUUGGGUGAAGCAAGACCAACGACAGUUACUCUAUGGUUGGAAGAUGCAGACGUGCCUAUCAUUCUUGGAAGACCAUUCCUAGCCACGGGCCAAGCUCUCAUUGAUGUUCAGAAGGGUGAAUUGAAGCUUCGGGUUCAAGGAGAUGAGGUGGUAUUCAAUGUAUUCAAGAUAAUGCGUAUCCGAGGGCUAGUGAUAGUUGCUAUAGUGUGGAUAUGA